AAUAAAAACAUGCACAUAUAUUCUUGCAGUCUUUUAACGCGCUUUAAUCCGUGUGGAUGUAUUCUACUCUUAUUGUAUCUUAAUAAUCUAUAAUAUUUUGAAAUGUUCGUCAAAUCUUUCGUACUACUUCUUUUGGCUAAUCUUGCGAUGACUGAAAUUCCCUCGUACAUUAAUAUAUGCGGUCGGAGGAAUCCAAAAUUGGACGAAUGUAUCAUUAACAGCAUCGAAUUAAUUCGAGAUAAAUUAAUAACAGGAAUACCAGAAUUGGAAGUCCCAAAAAUUUUUCCGUUAACUUUGAAAAAAUUAAUACUCGCCGAUGAGCCAAAUUUUCAGAUAAAAGCAGAAAACGUGAAGGUCUAUGGCAUCGAUACUUUCCAAAUAAUAAAUUUGAAAACUGAUUUAAAGAAACAACAAAUCGAUACAACUAUUAUGUAUAAACAAAUAAAGAUCGAAACUGCUUACGAUAUAAAUACGAAAAUUUUAGUUCCCUUCGUUGGCGAUGGACAUAUCAAGGCAGAGACAUAUAACGUGACGUCAAAAGUAUUGCUCCGUUAUAAGCUAAUAGAAAAGGAUGGUAAGAAAUAUAUGUACUUCUUUUCAAUGACAACUAAACUCGACAUCAAGGAUAUCAGUAUAAAUACAGAACCAGGGAAAAACACCGAUAACACCUUAAGGGAGAUUAUCAACAAUAUCUUCAACACUAAUAAAAAUGACAUAAUCGCUAUUAUUCUGCCAAGCAUAGAAAGAAGUAUUUCGGAGAAUGUACUCAAAAUUAGUAACGACAUUGUUAAACAUUUUCAUUAUGACGAAAUUUUACCUGAUCGGGAAUAAAUCUUCUUUUCUUUCUG